AUUCAAGAAAUCAAGACUUCCUGCCGCGAGCAUUAUCGACACCCGUUCCCUGGCUUCCCCCAGGACCGAUCCCCCUUCAGGAAAUGGUCGGUAUCGCAUGGAUAGAAGAAGUCAUCUGAAUCGAAGACUCAACUUUCCGCUCUUUAUCUGCCCUCCUAGAUUUACCAUCAUUCAGAGCAAAGGCCCUCCUCCCAUGCCCUCCAAAUCCACAGGACAUGGGGGGAAAGCAACAAAAGAGCCCACGCAUAUAUGAUAGCGCAAAAGAGUGGCCAACCCUACGGAAAAUUCACCCCCUACAACGCCCGCUACGUGUGCGCCGGGUUAAGCCCAACACCAAGGCUGCUACGAUACCGUAAAUACCACUUAGCCCUGUUUUCAACAAUUAAACGAGGUGGAUCACUCGACGUGGUGGAGUAUUUAGCGAACAACACCUGCAGUUGGACGCACCCGGCAUGCCUGCGUGUGAAAUAUCACAGAUCCUCCCGGACAAAUGGCGAGCGUGGAUCCACCGGGUCUCGGAUGUUUCCAGGAGGUCGCAAGUCUGCGCGAAUUCUUCUGCCCAGGAAAUCAGAUUCCAUCCCUAGACACCUCCCACUAAAAUGCUGAGGAAACCGGCAAUGGUCGCAUCCAAGACGGAA